AUGUUGAGGUUUGUAGUUUUCGAAUAACAUUUCAUUAUUUCUCUUAUGUUCUUGGUACAAUCCAAAGCUGUACACUACGUCUAUAAUAAGGAUAUAUACAGAAAAACUUGAAGAGAUUUCGAAAAAAAGUUUAUCAGAGUCAAAAAAAGACGAUUUUGUGAUGGAUUAAUAUUAAUAAAAUGGCUAUUAUGAUGAAACUUGGGUUCCAUAGGUAAUUCUUUACGCUCAAUCGGAUGGCUUUAACAGAUUUUUUUGAUAUAUUUUCUGGAUUCGCCGAAAAAGUCCAUGAUCGAGGGUGGUCCUAUCCUUAUUGGACGCAGUGUACCAGAUAUAAUAUCUGUUCAUAUAAAAAAAUUAAAGGGACCCUGAUAAUCAUGUGAUUGUUUAACAAAAAAAUAUGUUUUUUUAUUUUAACAAAAAAAUCGUAUAAAGUGAAAAAGCAACUAUAAAACUUCAGCUAUGAUACGCCGAAUUUUCGACACGAUGAUGGUCAAAAGAAAGAGGUUCCUCCACCCUGGUUCGAAAUAUGCGAAUAAAAGUAAUUUUGAUUAUUUUUUAUCUUUGAAAAAAAGGUUUUUUUUUUAGAUGAGAGCGAUGGAACGUUCGCUGCGUAACGUCCCAAAGCCAUCGAUUCGCAGGCCCUUAUUAGAAGACUUUUUUUCCGAGGCUAAUGGAUGAAUGAAGGAAGAAAUUGUGUUCAACACUAUCGAGAUUCUGCUAGCGCAACUGUACACAUCUUUAUAUUGUUGAAAAACCCACUUGCAAGAAUAUGAACAUCAUAAUUUCAUGUAGUUUUUCUGAAAAGUCGAGACUAUACUGGAAAUCGUUAUGCGCGAUCAAUUAUUCAAGCUACUUGUAAUUAUAUUUUACCUAGCCCUUACCAGGUAACUACGCAGGCACUUGUUUGCAAGUUGAGUUGCAACAUUUUUUUAGAUAGACCUGGAUAGGGAUGCUUGAAAAACAAAAAGUUUACCUACUGGGUUUCAAAAAUUUGCAGAGAAAUAGGCUCACUAAACUGCACAGAAAAAGAUUUGAAAAAAAUACUUUUUAUAAUACUACUUUUCAUUAGAUUGAAGUAUCAGAACUCUUGCAAGUGGAAAUUUUUUUAUUGUAUGUCAUGAUGUAUUUUUUUGAUAUUUCUGCGUUUUUGAAAUUGUUCCAUGUUUCACUUUUUUUUCACUGUUUCUGAACUUCCGGGUCUUCUGAAUCUUACUAUUUUGCAAAACCCCCGGUUGUUUUAUUACUGGAAAUAAUUCGAGUCAUUGUAAUUAUUAAACAUAGCUUAAAUUUUACCAUUCUCACGUUAUCUUUUUUUCCUUUCAUUAUUGAUUGAUACCAUGAAAUCCAAUGCAUCUUAAAGACUUCAAUUGUUGUAAAGUGUAAAAUUAGUUCAUUUUAGAAAUAAAUAUAGUUUUUCCAAGUUUUUCUGUGUUUGUUCAGCCUCUUUUGAGCUGCGACACUCACAGGUUGCUUUGUAUUUUUUUGUUUAAAUCAAGCUGAAAAAUUCAAUGCUAUGGAUAAAUAGAAAAAAAGCUUGAGUUAAAUAAAAUACAGGCGACCUUUGAGCGUUGUAACUCAAAAAGAGGAAAAAUAAGAGGAAGGACGAGGAGGAGAAAGGAAAAGGAUAUCACGAAUGCGUGCUCCAUGGAUAAUUCGCGCAACCCUUGCGCCUCUACGCGCAAGCUUGCGGCUAACAUGUGCACAUACUCGCGCAAUUCACGGCGCAAGCCUGCGAAAUCCUCGCCGCAAAGUCGCGCCAGACGGGGGAGUCUUUGCUUGGUUCGAAAGUUCGAAUGGACCCGUCUUUUCGGACUUCAAGGAACUUGUGCUCCAUAGCGAAAUGCCAAGAACUUUCAUCACACUUUUUUUUUCAAACUGUCAGACGUUUUCGCAAACGUUUUAAAGUUUUUUUUUGCGAAAAUCGAAAUGCUUUCGAGCUCUUCAAAAUCUUUUUUUCCUUAUCUUUAUGUGAUGGCUUUAUCGAAGAAACGAAACUUGUUCGAAAACGCAACAGAGUGUUCACGGCCGCUCGAAUGUUGCUUCGAAAAAUAAAUAUUUUUUUUGUUUCGGAGUCGUUUUGUUGCGUUUUGGAAAAUGUUUUAUUCAACCCGAUGGACACGCCAUGACGGUCUUUUUUAUUUUGCUGAAAUUACUUUGAAGAACGCGGCAUCAAAAAUUUAAUUUUCACCGGUUCGCGAAAAAGUCGUUGAUCAAGAACCUAUAUAGAUCAUAACCUCCUUUUUUUGUGAUAUGUAGAUGUUUUUUUGAGUUUUUUUAAAGAUCAAUUAUUCUUUAAUAGACUGCUUAAACCUACGUUUCUUAUUUAUCAUCGUGGUAUAGGCUGUACUAAUCUCGUUCUGAGUUGUUUAAAGGGUCGCAGACGUUAAAGACGUUCUGUAUGCGCAAUUUUUUACUUUGAUAAACCGAAUAAGUAUCAUUUCGAAUAUUUUGAAGGCGAAUGGCUCUGACGGUGUCCGAAGGGCCGAAAGAUGUGAAAAUGGAAAUAGCGACAAGCCCGGCUCCUAGGCCCGAUUCUCCAACAAUUGGCGCAGGAACCGUUGAAAUAAGCACUCAGGAUCUGGAUAGGUUCUUUUUCCCCAUUUUCUGAUGUCAUUUUUCGCUUCAGACAUAUUGAGAAAUUGAUGCGCUGUGAGUUGAUAUCUGAGCAAGAAGUUAAAACUCUCUGCGCGAAAGCAAGGGAAAUCCUUGUCGAAGAAGGAAACGUUCAGGUCAUCGACUCUCCGGUCACGGUAUUUUUUAAAAAUGCUAAGACUUAAAUUUAUCAAUUUUUUCAGAUUUGCGGAGAUAUCCAUGGUCAAUUCUACGACCUCAUGGAGCUUUUCAAAGUCAGGCUUUAAUUAUCUCAUCAAUAUUCUAAUAAGUCCUUUUUAGGUCGGUGGCGCCGUACCUAAUACCAACUACCUUUUCCUGGGCGAUUUCGUUGAUCGAGGGUUUUACUCAGUUGAGGUACGUAGUUUCCCAUUUUCCUUAAAAUGAUCAAAACUGAAUAUUUCAGACUUUUCUGCUUCUUCUCGCUCUGAAAGCACGUUAUCCGGACCGAAUGAUGUUGAUCAGAGGAAACCAUGAAAGUCGGCAAAUCACCCAGGUUUGUUUUCUAUAACUUUUUUUAAAAUUAAAGCGCUUUUUCUCUAGGUUUACGGUUUUUAUGAUGAAUGCCUGCGAAAGUACGGUAGCGCAUCGGUUUGGAGAAAUUGCACCGAGGUUUUCGACUACCUUGCGCUUGCUGCCGUGAUUGAUGGAAAGGUGAAAGCAACAAAAAAGUGUAUUUUUUUUGUUUCCGUGAGAUUAUCCAGUUUGCAACUUUUUGUAGGGACUCAAUUUUACAAUUUUUAUCAUUUGUGAAUCGAAAAGUUUUGGUGGAUAUCGCAUUUCUCGAAAACAUUGAUUUAAAAAAAAUUUACGUACCCUCAUAAAAUUUUGCCUGUAUUAAUUCCAAACUUUCCCUUUUUACUGAUGCUUUCAGGUGUUCUGCGUCCACGGCGGUCUCUCACCGUCCAUCACCACUUUGGACCAGAUCCGCGUUAUCGAUCGAAAGCAGGAGGUUGAGUGUUUUCUUAGAUAGAAAAGACGAGAUGGUGGAAAUGCAGGUGCCGCACGACGGUCCGAUGUGCGAUUUGCUGUGGUCUGAUCCCGAGGAGAACAGUUCUGGAUGGGGUCUGAGCCCUCGAGGCGCUGGAUAUCUUUUCGGCGCCGAGGCAGCCAAGGUGCCUUUUUUAGUUGAACAUUGGACACUCAAUGAGAAAAUUUCGUGUAUUUCAGUAAAUGAAAUUUCGAAAUUAAGUCUUCAAUUGACUUAAAGGUGUUCUUCUUUUCUCAAUUUUAUCAGUGCUCGGCUCGAAAAUUUAUAACUAACAAAAAUUAAUUGAAUUAUUUUUCUUAACUUUCAAAAUUCGCUGUUUUGUAUUCCCGUUCGGGUGAAAGUCUCACUUACGUAGAUUUUUUUCACUCAAAAUUUAUUUUCGGAACACUCUUUUAGGUCAGUUUGUUUGUGUCUAAUUCCCUUACGAUUUGAUUCUAGAGGGCUUCAAAUGGAAAAAAAAAUGUUUUCCAGUCCUUCUGUGAGACGAACGGCGUCGACUUGAUAUGUCGAGCCCAUCAACUGGUGAUGGAAGGCUACAAGUGGCAUUUCAACGAGACGGUACUCACUGUUUGGUCGGCUCCAAAUUAUUGCUAUCGGUUGGUUUCAGAAUUUUCGAUCUUUGGAUUAAAAAAAUGCUCCAAAAACCGAAAUAACCAUACAAGGAAAAUAAAUUCGAAAAGAAAAAAUUGAUUUUUACAGGGUUUUCCUAUUCAAAAUCAAAUUCAUUGGGGUUAGCGCUUGUCAAUCUCUAUUUAUGGAAAAUUAUGAAAAUCAUUACAAGCCUAUUUGUACCUCUUCUAUUUCUAAAUUGAGUGAUUCAUCUCCAGAUGCGGUAACGUCGCUGCGAUUCUGGAACUUGAUGAGCAGCUGAACAAAGAAUUCACCAUUUUCGAAGCAGCCCCACAGGUUUUUUCUCACUUUAAUUGUGGUUAUGUUCAUUAAAUAUGAGUUUCCAGGAAAAUCGUGGCGCUCCCGCCAAGAAACCUCACGCUGACUACUUCUUAUAA